CGGGUACUAUGUCGACCUGCGUAGUAUCGGAAUCGACCAUGAGAAAUGACAUGUCUAUGUCGUCAGACACUGAGGUUCGGUCGGUACUGCCCGCCCCUCUCUCAUGGUUCUGUUUGCUGUAGGCUGCUUACUAGCCGUGAAGCAAUGCUAAUCAACGAACUUUCAAUGUCGACAGUUCUUGAAACCCCACGGAAGUCCCUUCGGCCGGGACGACUGAAGCAGAUACUACCUAGAAUACAGCCUGCCAUGUCUACGAACGAGCAACAAGCCUUCGUACCACACCCUUCCCCAUUUCCCCAACUGCCUGUUUCCAGUGGUUUGUGGCGAAACAACGAGAGACAUUCGACUCCGUCCCAUCUGGCUACCACAGACGCACACGCCCAGCGAGGUGUCGCUCUUCCUCGAGUGUGCGAUACAGAAGGGGGCGAACGAGGUUUUCGGGUACUCACAUGUCCCGCAAAUUCCCAUGAUUUAAAGCAUGGCAUUCUGUUUCUCCCGCUUGGUAGUUUGGGUCCCUCACCUCUUCGCCGACGAUGCGCAUCAUGGCUUCGGCGCGUCACAGCAACAUCUGAUUUCCAAUAUGUCUACAAGAAUCAUUCUCGUUCAUCUCGGUGAGGUACGCACAAAAGACAGCACUCUAUACUUCGUACAGCGGUGCAAGUAUUUUGUCCCCACUCGCAAAGGAGGGUCAUCAAUGGAGCCCGCACCAACGUUCAAGAUGGAAAAUUGUGUCGACUUUCGUUUCUAGAUAAGCGAGAGAUCGCGCGCUGACAUCUCAUGUUCGGAGCCGUGACGGCCAAUCGACCUUUUCGCCUCCUACCCCGGAUCCUGAUCUCAUAAGUUUGAUUCCAAAUGCCCCUUGCGCCUUUUUGUGAGUCA